CCUACAUGCCGUUCCCCGUGGCGGUCAUCUGCUUGUUCCUCAACACCUUCGUGCCAGGGCUGGGGACGUUUGUGUCGGCCUUCACUGUGCUGUGCGGAGCCCGGACUGACCUCCCUGACCGGCACAUGUGCUGUGUCUUCUGGCUGAACAUCGCCGCGGCACUGAUUCAGAUUCUGACGGCCAUCGUGAUGGUUGGCUGGAUCAUGAGUAUAUUUUGGGGGAUGGACAUGGUCAUUCUUGCUAUUUCACAAGGCUACAAGGAGCAGGGGAUCCCACAGCAGCUGUAAUGGCUGGGACAAGGGUGUUCCAAGGAACAUGGUGAGAGGUUAUGUUUGCCACUGUGGGCACAAGGACCUUUCCAUUUUCAUUUUUCUUUUCUUUUUUUUUUAAACCAAUGCGUGCGCCUGUUCAGCGGAGCGGAGGUGCAGAGCAGCAGAUGGAGACCUUCACUGAGCCCUUUUAGAACCAGAGAUGAGUCAAACACGACAGAGGUUAGGACUGGCACAGCCAACACAUCGUGAUGGGCAGGCACUCCCAAGGAGGGAGGAAAACUGGUAGAAUGAGAUGCUGCUAAGGAAGAUGGCACUUGGGUCAGCGGUGAGAAGAGCGGGGAAGCUGCUUUCUCCAUCCUCAGGGUGUGAGGCAGCUGGAGACAUUUGGCCUCCUUGUAGUUCACCAUGAAAGGAGCCCAGCUGUGAACAGCAAGAUGAAGUAGAUAUUUAUAGAUAUAUGUACAGUAUUUAAAUGCAAAAGCUGAGUGGUACCUUGUUUCCUGAGAGCCCUUUUUGACUGCUUCUUGAUAACAGGGGCUCAGCUCAGCUUUGUCUGCUGCCUGUGUUUAUGAUGCUCUCUCGAGCUCUGUCGUUGCAGAUGCCCUGAGGUUUUGCUUGUGGCCAUUCUAAAUCAUACUUUACUGGUGACCUAGGCUGUGAAUAUGCCCUGCCUGCUUUUCUACCUGUCAAAAGAAAAGAUUGGACCUGCCAUGAGCCAACAACAAACUGGUUCUUACAGAGGAUUGGGAUUCCGUGGCAUGGCCUGUGCUUUGUG